AUGCCUGGCUUAGAAGUACCUGGUGAAUUUUUACGACAUGCGAUUCUAGACACUGUCAUACCCCAUAAUCCGGAACUUGAUCUCGAGGUAGCCUUGGCCUCGGCGCUGGAGAAUGGCGCUGAUGAUCUUCCCUCGGUGCUGUCUUCAAUUCCCCAACGAUCUCUUCUCUUCUUUGAUGAAUUUCUCCCCGUCCGAAUCGUCCUGCGACUUUCCAACUGCUCAGGAGCUAUUCUGAAGCAAUAUUUACCACGUCUUGAGAUCAGACUAGAUGUGUUUGUGGUCGACCCAGCUGAGCCCGUUGCAGACCACUCUACACCUUCCCGAGAAGCUGUAUUCUCAGGCGUUGUAGACACAAAUGAAGAGCCUUUGGUAGUGAUCAAUGAGUUUGAGGGCGACGAGGGAUCUGGAAACCAUGUAUACAUUAUCUGGAAUAUCGAGAGUUUCCUCAAGCGUCCUCGAAACCGCAUUCAGCAACCGUCCCUUCUAUUCCUGGCUUCUGUCAGUCUAAACCCGUCAGAAGGUUGCCGACCAGAGGACAUAGAGGAUGCUUAUCUCCCUCCACUCAUUCCCGCCUCAACGAAUAUGCUCCAAUCCCUCUCUGGCGACAAAUUCUUUUCAAAUCGUGAACCAUUCCUUCCUGCGUCGAGGUUGUUACGAGUAGUGCCGACAACGUACACCGAAGACCCAAUCUACAAUAUACAGCAACAACAUGGCCAUCCGUUUCGUGUUGUUCCUGCCGCUAGCGCAAGAAUUCGCUAUUCGCGAUUAAAUUCCUACUCUGGUCUUCCCACGACAGUUGCAAGUCUCGAUUUUGAAGUGACUCCCUUUUUGAACUGUACAGUCUCAUUCGAUAAAGCAAAUUUUCAAGUAUCCACUGGAACUAUUGAGCCUCUUUCUGAUGUCCCCGGUCUUCAGCUUCCAUUGAUCUGCCGGCCUAGAGACGAUGUGACCCUCGUCUACAAAAUAACACCCGAGUAUGGUCCUGAGACCAAUUCCUCCUCUACCGCUAUAAUGAGUGUGCUGGACAUCUCUUUGGCAGCGACCUUACUUCUAGCGGACGACUGCCAUCCACGAAUCGUCAUGGAAUGGAAGACUAAUAUUGAUUUUUCAAUGGCCCUCAAUCCUACUUUCGGUGGACCCAGCCAGGCACUUCAGAGACUGAAUCGUCCAAUGAAUCUACCCAUGCUUUCUAGUAAUAUAGGCGAUGGUCAGGCGACACGAAGCUCUUUACGUGAAAGAGCAUAUUCAGUUACGGAUGUUGGGGUUACGAUAUCGUUCUCUGGGCCAGUUCGUGUUCAAGUGGGGACGCCAUUUUCCUGGGAUGUAUUCAUCGUGAACCGGUCCAAAGUUCCUCGAAAAUUUGCGUUGAUUGCCAUUCCUCGACGGAAACAAGUAGACUCGCGAGGUCAUGUCUCUCGGCCCUCAACUUCUUCCAUCGCGAGUCGAAAGGACUGGGUGGCUGAGGCUGUAACUGACGACAAUGUUGUGCACGCGAGACAGAAGAGCGUAGCUGGGCAAGAAGCUGAAUUGAUUAGUUUAAGCACUGAUAUUCGAGUUGGACCUCUUCUGCCUGGAAUUUGCCAUUCUACUGAAUUGAAGCUACUUCCACUGGCUACUGGCUCCCUGCACUUGGAGGCUGUACGGCUUGUUGAUGUGACCACUAAUGAAACGACUGAUAUCCGAGACCUCCCGGAUAUUCUUGCUGACGACCAACCGAGAGCAUCGUAG